CUCUUGGUCAUGGUGAAGUAGCUAUUUUCAGCAUGAGACACUCCUUCUGGAAGCAUGGGAGACCCAAGAGUCAUCAAGGAAGCGUUUGAAGCUGCGGGCAGCUUUCUGGAUCCGGUACUCAAACGAGAGGAGAUCAAGAAAUACUCGGGAUGUUCCCUGCUAGAUAUUCUUUCAAAAAACCUCUCAGAUGUGACGCAGUCGAGGCCGUCCGCCCAAGAUGCCGUCAUAUCACAGGCACUCGAGCUUCUUACGGCCAUUCACAUAGGAUUCACAGAGCCAGUAGACAGUAUCGAGGCCUACUAUGCCGGUGAUACGACAUCAGAAAACCCAGACCUGGAAGAUGCUAGGCGGCGUCGAGUCCUACAUGCCCUUCUGGAUUUGAUAUCUCUUGAAGGAAUCUACCCGUUACUAUCAUCUGGAGUUGGAAUACCGCUUCAAUCACGAGUCAUCUCCGUAUUGCCGGCUGGGGUCAUUGCAAAGAACCCACAAACGGUUCCCAGCAGUAAAUCGAGCGACCGGCCAUUGCUAGACAAGAUCCUCAAAGCGUUGUUGGCGAUUCUUUUUGAUGCUCGCCCUAGUAUUCAACCGGUCAUUCGUGGUCGAAUACUCAGUGACCUGAUCAGUGGCACGUCAGAGUUGGCCUUCAACUCUCAAGAUAUAUCACCUAGUGAACAGGGCUUCUAUCAUGAGUCCUUCAGGAGGAUUGUUGACGAUACGCCGAGCCCCGUCUUGCUGCCUACAUUGUCUGCCUUUCUCCAGUCGGACACGGCUCCCUGGUUUAAAUCUGUGAUAUCUGGCCAGUUAUCAAGGAUUCCUUUGCGUCAGGAUGGAGUACUGCAAACCAUAUUUUUCGUUGCGUCGCAACUCGCUCCCGGACUUGGACAAGAAGCGCAAACCGAACCUUCCAAUGGCCCACAUUUCACGGUACAAACGAUAAUGCAGAUUUCAAAGCUAUUAUCUUCUGUUCCCCAAGAUAUAGACCCUGUCUCCUACUUCACGGGGAUUGCACCGCAGUUGCUAGCCCUCAUCGAUGGUCCAGACCCGGAUUUGAAAAGAACAGCCGCUUAUGUUGUGGGAAAUGGGAUUCUGGGGAAACGUGCAUACGGCGCAGUUGGAACUAUCGGGCAUUCAAUAUUCGUGGACCCGAUAUUUAAAAGCCUAGCUGCUGGAUUGGAUGAUCAUUCUAAAUUUUGGAUGGACCGUUUUGAUGUCUUGGACAGUUCUGGUACCGAUGCUAGAGCUGAUAUAAAGUUACCGCCGCCACAAGAUCGAGUUAUUGUGCCCGCCCACAUCUUGAUUCUAGCAGUUGAACGUUUGGGCACUCUAACUCUUCAGCAUCCCAAUCCCGGGCUUGUGAAAAGAUUGGUCUACCCCGUUCUUCUUCCUCUAUGGGGUCUGGCUUGCUACACGAUUGAAAGUCAGAAUUCGGACUUGCAUCAAAGUGUCUGGAGACUCUUGCAAACCUAUUUCAGCAUAUCAGUGGGUGAACAGCCAUUGAGGAAGAUUGCAGAAAAUUUGCUCUGGAAUGGCGGUGCAACAUGGACCUACAUGUCGGAUACAACGGGUGUCUUUCUAGGGAAAAGAGAGGGGUCUGAGAGCAACCAGUCUAAUCUCGUGCAGCUCAUGGAUAGUCUGGAGGGUAGAGCUACGCUUUUUGUCAAACUUCUAGGCUCUGAUCCUAGGAGUGAAGAGUUGACAGCUGAUAUUUUCCUCCAUGUGAGCCAGGCCUGGCUUGUACAACCCCAAGUGGCCAAACAGCCUUCAAACCUGUUGAGAUUGCCUGAAGAUGAAAACUAUGAAAAUAUCAUCCAGAAACUGGUCAGUGCGAAAAUAACAGAGAAGCUGCUGGGUAGCUUCAAAGACACGCUAUCCCGUCAUCCUCUCAAAGUUCUUGAGCUCGCCAAACAGGUCAUCGACAGUGAAUUAAACCGAUUGAAAGCUCAUCAAAUUAGGACGCAAAAUGGCACUUCUGGGAAAGUUUCUCUUUCUUCAUUGGGAACCAUUGUACCUAAUGAAGAAAAUGAUCUAUCUAGCACAAAAACUGACAAGGAUUCCGCCGAGUCAUUAUCGGCUGUCUUCAGCUUACUCUCGACUGUUCUCGCUUCUCCUGAGUUCGCUGUGAAUGACGAGAUCCAGCCAACACUCGAAAAUAUCAAAUUACACCUAGAUCAGCUCAUUCUUCUUCUCCCGCCAUCCCUUUCCAAGCCAGCUACAACAUCUUCAAUGUUCCUAGAAAUUCAUCUAACGUCUCCCAAGACAUUGCCGGAUACAAAGAAACCUAUUCGCAACGUUUCCGAUAUCGACACUCACAGACAAGCUUUGGCGAACAUCAACUCUGACCUACCUCCUGUUCAGGCGGAAGGACUUACCCUGCUCUCUGGUUUGAUCAAGAGAGGAUCACCUGUUCUCGAUAUCCCGGCCACACUGGUUCUGCUGAUAUCAAUCAUCACAGAGCCGGUUUCUGAAACAGCCGCAAAUGAAGAAUUCAUAUAUCUCAAUGCCGUGAAGCUAGUCGGCGAGUUAGCAUCAAGACAUCCACGGACGACAGUAAAAACACUCGUGGAACAAUAUUCUGACAAAAGUGAAGAAAGAACUCUUGACCAGAGGUUGAAAAUAGGCGAAGCAUUAUUGCGAACGGUGCAGGACCUGGGAGAUGCCUUAACCGGAGAAUCUGCCAAGAUAUUGGGUGAAGGAAUGAUUGCUGUUGCAGGUCGACGAGGGCACAAGCCAAAAGCACGGAGUGAUCGAAAACAACAACUGGAGAAAGAGAGGAGGGAAGAGGAGCGUCAGAGCCGUAAAGAAAAGGAACUCCCUGUGCCUCCUGGCUGGACGAUAUCUUCUACUGCUCAUAAUGAUCAAGAGCCAACGAACACUAUCGAACCAGAAAACGACGAAAGCCGCGAAGUCGAAUCGGCAGAGCAAACCGCGCAUUCUGCCAACAUCCUUGCCGCUUGGGCCGCAGGAGCAGCCUCGGACGAAGAACCAGAUGACCUUCGUGUUCGAAGCUCCGCAAUCUCCAUCUUAGCCACCGCUGUGCAGACGAACAUCGCCGGGCUAGGAGCUUUGGUUGCUUCUUCCUCUCUGGAUCUUGCCCUUUCGACACUGGUACAAGAGCCCGAUCCUGAAAGUGCAAUUCUGCGACGUGCAAGUGUUGUCCUGCUACUGGACAUUCUUCAAGCCCUUGAUAGAUCUCGCGAGAAUGGCAAAGACACGGCUCUGGGGUUCGGAUUGUCCCUCACCGAGGACGAAAACAUCGCUGCAAAGGAUGGCGGACAGACUAUCGGCAGUAUCCCCCGGAUCUUACGCACAUUGGGUUUUGUCGAGGGUCGCGAAACGGAUGCCCUUGUUCGCGGACACAUCCGCGUGCUUGUCGAAAGCCUCGAGGCAUGGACUGAAAAGGCUUUGCUAUGGGGAAUAGGAGCCCGAGGACAACAUGCCGAGGAUUUCGAACCGCGAUUGGAGCUUGGUGAGAGGAUUGCUGGCCUCGAUAUCAAUCCUUUGUCUGGGGAUGGAUCUGGACGACCCAGGAUCGAGGAAAUUGAAUAGGAGAUUCCGCGUUGGAUCUUGAUUAGAAAUUCUGUAAUUUUUUUUUCUUUAAAAAAUUAAGAUAUAUAUCUACAGAGACAUAUUUGCUUGCUCUUGGCUCCAUUCCAUUACAAUUUACAGAUAUAC